CCGGACAUUUCUACUCCGGGCGUACGUCAAGAUGGCAGCCUCCGUAUUGAACACGCUACGGGGGCGGCUUCCUAGGCUUUUACCGUUCCAAAGUGCUUACGGAGUUCAGGUUCCCCUCCAGACUCUUUGCACCAAAGCCUCUCCUGAAAAAGAUUUGCCCACGCUUCCCAUUUCCCCCUAUGAGAAUGAACCCUGGAAAUAUCUGGAAUCAGAAGAAUAUGAGAAUCGCUAUGGUUCUCGCCCUGUCUGGGCUGAUUAUCGCCGCAAUCACAAAGGUGGUGUACCCCCACAGACGACUCGAAAGACGUGCAUUCGUAAGAAUAAAGUUGCUGGAAAUCCUUGCCCCAUCUGCCGAGAUCACAAAUUGCACGUUGACUUUAGGAAUGUGAAGCUCUUGGAGCAGUUUGUCUGCGCUCACACGGGUAUUAUCUUCCAUGCCCCGUACACAGGUGUCUGUAUGAAGCAGCACAAGAAGUUGACCCAGGCCAUCCACAAAGCCAGGGAGCAUGGUCUCCUCAGCUACCACAUUCCCCAGGUUGAACCCCGGGACGUUGACUUCAGUACCUCUCAUGGAGCCGUGAGUGCUACUCCGCCAGCCCCCACCCUGGUUUCAGGAGACCCUUGGUACUCAUGGUACAGCUGGCAACAGCCACCCGAGAGAGAACUGUCCCGCCUUCGCCGGCUCUAUCGGGGAAAUCUCAAAGAAGAAAGCGGCCCCCCACCCGAAUCAAUGCCUGAGCUGCCUCUCACACCACCAGUUGAAGCCUCCAGAGAGGACCCUCAGAAUGCUUCUUAGGAUUUGUAGACAGGGGAGGUCUGAAGAAUUAGGAGAGAGUCUCUAGUAUUAUGCGAUGGGAUUUAUCUGGAAGAUUGUCUAGUUUUUGCUAAUGACAGACAGAGGAAGAAAAU